AACUCACAAGUAAUCACAGUCACAGCCAAUCAGUGUUCUCCAGCUGUCCCUUUCACUUCUGUAAAUUCAAUUCAUCUACUCCUUCCAACUACCUUCUACCCUUUUGUCUUUGUUCUUUUAGUGAACUAAUUCCUACUAAUCCAAUUCUCUCUGGACUGUCUUUUGGAAUUUCUAUUAUCAUGACUGCAAGAGAAAUUCUUCAUAAGAUGAAGGUUAAAGCUGGGUUUAGUUCAGCACCAGCUGACACCGGAAAAGGAAAAGGUAAAAUGUUAAAGCAUAUUACACACGGUUUUCAUCUCGUCAAAGGAAAAGCAAAUCAUCCCAUGGAAGACUUCCUUGUUUCUCAAUUCAAACAAAUUGAAGAUAAAGAGCUUGGUUUGUUUGCCAUUUUUGAUGGGCAUAUGGGCCACGAUGUCGCUAAUUACUUGCAAUCUCAUCUCUUUCAAAACAUCUUAAAACAGCCAGACUUUUGGACUGAGCCAGAAACUGCAAUCAGGAAUGCAUAUGAUAAAACCGACACAGAAAUUCUCGAAAAAGUACGAAUCUUGGGUAAAGGUGGCUCCACUGCUGUCACCGCUAUCCUUCUUGAUGGCCAAACACUCAUGGUCGCGAAUGUGGGUGAUUCUCGUGCUGUCAUUUGCAACAAUGGAGAGGCUACACAACUAUCGGUGGAUCAUGAUCCGGGAAAAGAGAAGACGGAAAUUGAGAAUCGGGGUGGUUUUGUAUCAAAUAUUCCAGGUGAUGUACCACGUGUUGAUGGACAAUUGGCGGUUGCGAGGGCAUUUGGAGAUAAGAGCUUGAAGAUUCAUCUUAGUUCAGAACCCCAUGUACAAAAGGUGAAGAUCGAUGAUACUACCGAGUUUUUGAUCCUGGCUAGUGAUGGUUUAUGGAAGGUGAUGACGAACCAAGAAGCUGUGGACGCCAUCAAACACAUUAAGGACGCUCAGUCAGCUGCAAAGCACCUGACUGAAGCGGCCGUUUCUAGGAAAAGCAAGGAUGACAUAUCUUGCAUAGUUGUAAGGUUUCAAUGAUAUAUGCUUUUCUUGCUACUUCAAUCUUCUGCUUUUCGGGUUUUGAUGGGCGAUAUCAAUGCUUAGCUUCUAUCUGUUUGCAACAACAAAAUGUGUGUACUUCUAUCUAUUUAAUGCUAGUUCAAAUCAUAAUAUACUUGUAUAUUCAGUUUUCACCUGAAAACAGCCUGUGUAAUUUUCAAUUAAGUGCCCAAGUGAUGGAUUAAUAUAUAUAUAUAUAUAUAGCUCACGGAGAAAGUAAUUAAUGGGGACAUAAUGUAGCUAUUUGCUUUGAAAGCCAACCAUUAUAAUAUAAUUCGUUUUAUAAACGGUUAUAUAUGAACAAAUUUUGGUUUCUCUUUUAAA